AUGCCUAAGCGUUGCUGUGUACCAGGCUGCAAGGGAAACUACGAGGCAGAAUUGAGAUCGACACCCUACAGGUCAGUGUUUCGAUUUCCAAAAAAUGAGGAGUUGAAAAGUAAGUGGCUAGCUUCAAUACCAAGAAAGGACUGGUCGCCUUCUAAAGAUUCUGUUGUUUGUGAUGCACAUUUUCAACAAGCAGAAAUUGUCCGUACGGAAACUUAUGUUCUGCAGGAUGGAUCAGCUAACACAGUCACACUGAGUCGUCCAAAACUUUCAGAAGGUGCUGUUCCAUCAGUCUUUCCAAAUGUGCCAUCUUAUCUAAGUAAGCGUCAAGUUUCUAGUAGAACAGAUCCUGCCAUCAGACAAGAUCCUUCAAAGGCAUGA